AUGCACCGCUUAAAAGAACUCACAGAGGCGAAAGUCUACAUCAUAGGAGAUGAGGACACUGUCGUAGGAUUCCUGAUGGCAGGGAUAGGCAGUAAAGAUGGUUUGGGGAAUACCAACUAUAAAAUAAUCAAUUCAAAGACAACCAAACAGGAAAUUGAAGAUACAUUCAAGCAAUAUGUGGAACGGAGAGAUUGUGGAAUCAUUAUUAUCAAUCAACAUAUUGCCGAAAAAAUCAAAACCGUUAUAGACCUACAUGUAGGACCUAUACCAGCUAUACUGGAAAUACCCAGCAAGGAACAACCAUACGACCCGAAUAAGGACUCAGUCACCAAGAAGAUCAAGGUGCUGUUCGGGGAAACAUAA